AUGCUCUAAGCAAGAGAAAUACCGACGGAACUAAAAUCAUAGUAAUUCCCAGAAACAUGAAGACAGUGAAGGAGUCAUUAGUGAUAAAACCAAGGCAGUGUGGGGCUCUCUAAUUUAGACUUAGGGCCACAUGUUGUCGGCUAACGUGGCUUGCUGCCUUGCCGUACAUACUUGUGUAAUAAGACAACUGAAACAAUACUGCACGCACAUUCGAGAUAAUGAACAAUCUCCAAUCUACACAUAUACACAACUAUAAAUUGAAUAAUUGCAAAAUCAGAUCAGAAGUCGUAAUUCAGUUGUGGGAAGCAUGAAGAUCACAGUGAAAGAAUCAAUAAUGGUAAAACCAAUGGAAGAAACUCCGAGGGGCAGUGUGUGGCUCUCCAAUUUAGACUUAGUUUUUCCUGACACCUACCAUACUAGGUGGAUGCACUUGUACCGCUGCGAUGGUGGUGCCGGCUUCUUCGACACGGCGGCGCUGAAGGCAGCUCUGAGCCGAGCCCUUGUUGAGUUCUACCCGUAUGCGGGCAGGCUCAAUAAGGACGACAGCGGCCGCCUUGAGAUCAACUGCAACGGGGAAGGGGUGCUGUUCAUGGAGGCAGAGUGCGACGCCACCCUCGAUGAGUUGGGUGAUUUCUGCACACCCCGGCCUGACCUCAACCUCGCCCCCACCCUCGACUACUCUCAUGGAAUUUCCAGUUUUCCACUUUUUCUAGUGAAGUUAACUCGUUUCAAAUGCGGCGGAGUGAGCUUAGGCUUUGCCAAUGAGCAUCACACAUCUGACGGGAUUUCCGCUUAUUAUUUCAUCAGCAAGUGGUCAGAAAUCGCUCGAGGCCUAACAACCAUCCCACCUAUUUCCUUGGACCGUCGCGUCCUCUCGGCGCGCAACCCCCCGCAGCCCCGGUUCCGCCACAUCGAGCACCAACCCCCUCCGCCGCUCAAAACCCCUCUCGACGGCCCCGCCGGUGACCCAACAUUCUCCACAUUCAGGCUAAGCCGCAACUACAUCAACGCCCUCAAGCAAAAAUGCAAUGAGAGCAGCGGCGGUGCGAAUUAUACCAUGUACGAGGUGGUGGCGGGCAACGUGUGGCGCUGCGUGAGCAUUGCCCGCGGCCUGCCAAGGGAUCAGGAGACGAAGCUCCAGUUACCAGUGGAUGCGCGGCAGAGGCUACGGCCGCCUCUCCCGCCUGGAUACUUUGGCAACGGGAUCUUCUACACGGGCGCAUUUGCUCUUAUUGCGGAGCUGGAAUCGAAGCCGUUGAGGUUCGCGGUGGAGAAAGUGCACGAGGCAAUCGCUAGAAUGGACGACGAAUACAUGAGGUCUGCUUUGGAUUACUUGGAGUUGCAUAUGCGGAAUGUGGAAGGGAUUGUUCGCAGCCAAAACAAUGUGAAAUGCCCCAAUUUCGGGAUAACGAGCUGGAUUAGGCUGCCGUUAGUGGAUUUUGGAUGGGGGAAGCCUUUCUAUGCCGGACCCGUGGGAGCUCUCUCUGAAGGGAAGAGCUUUCUGCUUUCUGAUCCUCAAAAUGAAGGAGGCGCGUUGCUUGCAAUCACGCUGCACCAAAAACACAUGAAACGAUUUCAAAACUUGCUGUAUACUAAUAACGACGAUUCAUGCCUCAUAUCUAAAAUUUGAUGACUAUAAUUGGUUAAUGUGUUCUUCUGUGUCAAAAUUGAAUUCGAAUUACGAAUUGUUUUCAA